UUCUGCCCCGCCCUUCCGUGCGUCACGCACGAAACCACGCCCCCGCAGCGCGGGGCUCUGAACUGAAACAGCCAUGAUGGGGUGAGCCGGACUCCUCGCUCCGUUUCCCUAGCAACAGUCACUGGAGCAGAUGGCCACCUAGAGCUUUGUCGGACUGUGCUGGGUCUGGGCCACUUUUUCCCAGCUCAAAAAGCUUUCCUGCCGGUUGACCCGGUUUUUGAAAGCAGUUUCCCAUCUGUCCCAGAUGUUUCAUGGAACAGUUACAGAAGAGCUAACCAGUCAUGAGGAAUGGAGUCACUACAAUGAUAACAUAAUAGAAGACCAAAAGGAUUUUGUUUUUGUAAAGUUCAAUGGCCUUCAUUUAAAAUCUAUGGAAAAUUUGCAGUCUUGUAUCUCUCUAAGAGUAUGUAUUUUCUCAAACAAUUUUAUUACAGAUAUUCAUCCACUUCAAAGUUGUUCAAAAUUGAUCAAACUUGAUCUCCAUGGAAAUCAGAUAAAGAUUCUACCAGAUGCCAAGUUUUGGAGUGGAAUGAAAAAUCUAAAACUCCUCUAUCUUCAUGACAAUGGUUUUACAAAGUUAAAGAACGCAUGUGAAUUAUCUGCCUGUCCAAACCUCAUUGCCCUCACUAUGUUUGAUUGUCCAGUAAGCCUUAAAAAAGGAUAUAGACAUGUUCUUGUUAACAGUAUAUGGCCUCUCAAAGCAUUGGAUCACUAUGUAAUUUCUGAUGAAGAAAUAAUUCAGAACUGGCAUCUUCCUGAAAGAUUCAAAACACAUAACCACAGACUUUACUUUAAUUUCUGCCCUGCCUUGAGAAAGGGAGCAACCUAUGAAGAUGAAAUUGAUAAUAUUAAAUAUACCAUUUCAAAAAUUAAUGAAAUUUUGGCUCAUACUUCACCAGUUUUGAUUGUUCAAAGAUGGAUACGUGGAUUCUUAGUAAGAAAAUCUUUGCGCCCCUUGUUUUUGCAUAGAAGACAUCAUCCAAAAAUUAUUAGAGAAUAUGAAGCAAAAUGGAUUUAUGUAACUGAAACACAUGAAGAUAAACUCAUUAGAGAUGUUGUUUACCAGCCUGAAACUAAUAUAAAAGCAAACCUUGCUCAUUGGAAAUAUAAUAUAAAUUCUCCUGUAGAUUUAAAACAGUCUAGUAAGUACAGAGAACAUGUUUCCUCGAUUUUAUAUGGAUUAAAAACAAAAGAUACCAGCUUGAAAUCAAAAAAGUCAAGAUAUCUCAUUCAAAGAGGUCAAAAGGAGCUUGAAGAUGAAACUGGUGAAGAUGUUGAUACCAGUUUUAGUGUGUCAGUGUUGAAAUUACCCAUCGAGACUUCAGGUUCAUUGAAGAGUGAUGCACCAUUGAAAGAGAAAAAACAGCUUUUACUUCCUGUGUGCCCAAAGCCAUUGUCUACUACUCAUCCAAAGCCAAUAAUUAAAAAAGAAACAGUGUCAGAAACAAAUUUAAGGAACGAGUUUUUUGAAACACGUGGAGCUGGUAUAAAACCCCAAACAGUUAAUGAUAUUUAUAAAUACUACAAAGAGCAAAAGAAGCAAGAGUUCCAUAAAGAAAAAGUAACAGCGGUAGCCAUGGCAAAAGUUGCCCAGGAAAAGAUCAGCCUAACUGUUGAGGAGAACUUAAAUAAAAAAACGCAUGCAGCACAAAAACUGAGGGAAAGGGAUAAAGAGAUAGUUCAGAUUGGUUUGCAACAACAUUGUCAAGCCAGAUUCAACUACAUUGCAAAAGUUAGAGGGAGAAGAACUCUGUUUCUGGAAGAAAAAAAAAGGAAGGCUGCAGAACGUUUAUUAGUUCAGAACUUAAAUAAUGAGCGCGCACUUUUGAUCAAAGGAUUACUUAAAGUUGACAGAAUCAAGAAGAAAGAGGCUAACCUAAAAGAGAGACACCUGAUUUCUCUGAGAAAACUUCAAGAAGAAAAAAUCCAAAAGGAUUUACGUAAGAGAAUGAAGGAAUUCAGGGCUGAAGAAAUACAUAAAAGACACUGUGAAGAAAAGUUUGUUCUGGAUAUGAUUUCCUUUCAGAAAGCCUGUGAAAGGUUACAAGAAGCUAAAACAAAUGUUGCAGUUGUGAAAACAAAUAUAGGCUUUCCUCCUGCAAUUACAAAAUGAAUCAAAGCCACAUCACAUCCUAUGAUCAUCUUAAAGUAUGGCUGUUAUUUCUAGAUGAAAUGCUCUAAGAUUAUAUUCUGAAAGAAGAAAUACUUUACAUCACAAGAUGGAUGUCUGUAUAAGUCUUCUAGAAAUAUAAAUGGUAGUGAAAAUAUCUGUAAUUUUCAAAAUUUAAUUUUAAUUAAUUUACCAUCCCCCAAAGUUUCUUUAUGUAACCUGAUGCCCAAGAUCAAUUAAAAUUGAUUUCUUUUAUUGCAGAAAUAUUGGAAAGGCAUUGCUUGUAUUCCUUUCUGAGUAUCACAAUUCAUGAACUAUUUUCUGUUUCUCUGACAACCUUUGCAUGAAUUUCUGUCCCUACUGCUCUCUUUUAUAAAGACACUGUGUGUUUUGAUUAUUUUCAGUACUGCUUUUG